AUGCCUCACUCUGCCAACAACUCGACGUCGACCCAAGCCAAGAUGUCUCGACCAUCGUCUACCUCGACCUACUCUGGCAAUGUCAAUCAGUUCCCCAAGCCAGCAGUUCUCGUUCGCAUCGUCGCCGCGCUCACGUGCUAUGAAGAGCAGCUCGCAAACGAUGGCCCAAAACAUCUGCGACCAUCUUCACGCGGCGACGGCUUGGGUGAUCUGCGACCCAUAACUUCCCGCUCGCGUGCUCAGUUCUACGAAGACUCUUUUGCCUACAAGGAGGGUCACGGCCAGUCUUCCCGAGAGCGCGUAACCAAAGACGCACCUAUUAUUGCCGAGCUGCGGACCAACGUUAUUAUCAAGGAUGAGUACACCCUGGUUACCGACCUAUCACACCAUCUUUCCACGAGAUACCAGAGGCCUGAAACAUCAAUAAUGAUCACCGUCAACCAUUCGGCGUGCCUGCUACUUGGCGGCUCCUUCGAGCCCACCUAUGUUCUCACCAUCAACGCCCUGCCCGUGCAAUUGCAGCCUACGACCAACAAGCGCAAUGCCGCCCUCAUCCAGAGCUUCAUGUGCGAAUCCAUCGGCGUCACAUCUGAUCGCGGCAUCAUCAAGUUCGUUGCCAUUCAGGAAGAGUGCCUGGCCAUGAACGGCAUGACCAUUCUCGGAGACAUCGAACGAUUGGAGCGACAGAAUGGCGAGGAGAGUGGCGUGAAGCGGGCCCUGACCAAAAGCUCGCGCAGAUCUGGAGUCUUCAAGACGAAGAGUAGCAUACAGCUGUCGCGCAACCCAUCCAAGGCUAAACCUGGUGCAAGAGCAGCCCUCACACCUCCGCUUCCAAGCGAUGGACCACUCGAUUCCGGAGUAGCUGUAAACGAGAAGGGUCUUGAAAAGCCAGCCGUCACCAAGAUGGACCACAAGAAGUCCGAGCCUAUCCUCUCCAAACCUACAAAGAAGUCGGGCUCGUAUGCGCAUCUCCCUCCUCCACCCAUUCCGCAAGACAAACCUACACCGCAGAUCAGCAAGCGUAAGAGCUUCCUGAGCGUCUUCCGUCGAUGA